AUGUCUGCUCGUCCCCUGUCGCAAUGCCUCCGCGCCGGCAGUCUCCUCCGCAGAUCUCAGAACACCAAGAGCUUCUCGACUCGAAGCACCCUCCGCGCCGCUGACCACGGUGACCACUAUGACCCUCCGACUGGGUGGCUUUUCGGUGUUAAGCCAGGCCAGAAGUAUGUGAAGGAGGGCUGGGAGAACAUCUGGUACUACGGCUUUAUUGGAAGCUUGCUCGCUGUUGGUGUCGCAUAUAUCUUCAAGCCCGAUACCUCGAUACAAACAUGGGCUUUGGAGGAAGCUCGUCGAAGGCUGGAGGCUGAGGGCAUCCUCGAGGAUCCCGACAAGGUUCAACGCAAGUGA